UUAUCCUGCACCGAGUCGGAUUCAAUCGCAUUUAAUAAAAAUCCACUACUUUCUUUAUCGUCAUCACAUAAUUGAUAUGUUACGUCGACCGUUUGCUUAUCGACAUCACUGCUCGAGGUACAAAUUUCGAAAUUCCGUGGGCUACGGCAGGAAUUGAAGGUCAAGGCGUUGAAAUUUUCAAAAGAAUCUAGACGAGACGGCGCGGAAAACCCGCUAAUGUUAAGUACACAUGGUUACUCCCCCGAGGUGUUCUCAAUUAGGAAAGUACAAACGGCGUUUAUGUUUUACCGCCGGGGAGAAUCUUCUCUCUCUCUCCCUCUUUUUCCGCGGGUUCUCCAGCAGGUAUAUGCACAAGUUCCAAAAAGGAAAAGACCGUACUUCUGCCCGGAGAACAUUUUCCCAGAGGCGCAGAAAAGUCUGACGUCUCCAUGCGAGUGCUGCCGAGUGUACCGUGUUUUAUCGAACGGGCGAAUUGAAAAAAAGGAAAAAAAAAGAAGGAAUGGGAGAUGAAGAAAAAAAGACAGAGCCCAGCAUCUCGUAAGGUGUGAACGACCUUAUGGAGGCGCAGCGGGCUCUGAUGCGCGAACGGUGUAAGUACUUAGCCCCAACUGCUUUUCUGUGAUUUAUACAGACCGUUAGAGGCUGACUCGUUACACCCUACUUCCGGGCAUGAUUCCCUCCGACGACCCUUCCUCUUUCCCUCUACGCCAGUCAUUUUCAGCAGGCUCUUUGCAUACGUGCGUGUCACCGGGGAAACUCGAGGAAAGGGUAGCCUUGGACCUUCCCCGUGUUCUCCGGGGCAGAGAAAUGAGCUACAAACCUCCCUGCCAUGUUCGGUCCCCUGAAACCCUGGGAGUGGCUACGGAAAAAAUAGAUCUGUAUAAUUCUAGGUCGGUAGAGCAUCUAAUAACUCUAUUUUUAAUGAAUUAAUUACUUCCCACUCUGAUCAUUUCAUAGGCCUCGCCACCCUUCGGACGAUACGGUCGGGAGUGAAUUUUUUGCGCGUUCGCCAAAAUGGAUUUCGAAUUUCUGAGCGGUUUUGGAAACACCCGGAGGUAGAGGCUGAUACGUAGACAUUUUUCGGAGGGUUUCUGGAGGUAGGUGGUGGUUUUCUUUUUCCAAGUAUUUGUUUUCUUCACGAGAGAAAACCACCCCAUGUCGGAGUAAGAGGGAAAAUAUUCGAGGGUGCGGAGGCCUGUGGAGAGGCCUCCGGGGAAAACUAAUUAAUAAUGAGACGUUUACUGCGAAAAGAACCGGCCAACUACGGACUGCCUCUCGUAGAUGUAAUAAUGAGAACCGUAAGCGUCAUAUGCUCGGCACGGAGCAGGGCGCAUGUAUUUAGCGUGGCUGCUGGACCUUGGAGGGGGAUGUAUUUCAAGACUGAGCGCGCUAUUUCGCCAUCAAAUACAACCCUUAGCGGCCAUCGCGCGUGCCUCCACUCGUGCUCGUUCCUGAAGUGUCUCGCGGUCUCGGGAUCCGUCAAAGAAACGGCGAUUAAAGUCCCGAAAAAGGCCUCCGAAGUACUUCGUUUGUUCCCGCGAGUUCCGCAAAGGUUCGCGAUGAAGGUGAACGGGUACGUCUACUGUGCUCUGGUUUUCGUUUCUCUGCAAGUCAUGUCAAAUUCUGCAAGCCUCCGAAGUAGAGUCGAUCCUCAGUUUCUGGAAAAUAUCGAACCCGAUCAAUCGAACAAAAUGAAGAGGCCAUUUUGUAACGCGUUCACUGGUUGCGGAAGGAAGAGGAGUUCCGUGGAAUAUAAUUUGGGCAUGCAGGGUGAUAAUAGUCAGAGCAUUCGAUUAUCGGUACCAUUGUUUAAAGCACUGUUAAGGGCUACUUCUCCAGAAAUACGGGAAAAUCUUGAUUGCCAAUCAGAUGACUGCAAUGUCCAGGAGGUUUCACAAGACAUCUCUUCAUUGGCUAGGAAGAUGAUAAAUCGCGAUCGAUAUGACAGUUAAUCGUGUCCACCUAGUCCAAUUAAUAACGAUAUUAAAAUUCAACCGAUACUCCCACUCCAUCAAUGGAGUGAUUAUUAAAAGAAUACUCAAAUCUCUCCGUUCAUCGUGAAACGAACAUCGUUUCGAAAUAAUAAUCCUCCUUGUACAUUUCUCAAAUGAUGUCUUUCAAAAGGUGCCCGCGUUACCAUUCCAGCAAGUAUUUAUCAGGUGUGAUUAAUUGAUCGGUGUGCACUGUAUUAAGUUUAUGCAUGAGGGCACUUAAUACCGAAAAAAAAAAAAAACUACAGUAUCGAUUCCUAACGUGAACUAUGGAUUUAAUCACUUUGUGACAAAUAUUUGAUCGAACAAGUGCUGCGACUUGUUUAUUCAAUUUAUUUAAUAAAGUACACAAGAUGCUAUAAACUGUAUUAGCUCAACCUAUAUAUAAUAAAAAUUAUUGGCUCGCGGAUCAUGUAGAGGGAAUUAUUUCGAAAAUAUCCCGCGGACGUAAAUAUUUUUCAUUUUAACCAUGUUUGACUAAUAAGCUACGUAUUUGCCAUCGACUUCGUGAUUUCAUUCUCUCCCCCACCCA